UAACAUAAAUGGGGGCUCGUCCCUUUUUGUUCGUGUGAUUGGUUCGCUUCCUUUUCGCUUUUGCGGUGGGGGAAGAGUCAUUGAGGGUGUGUGGGUAGACGGAGAGUUUCAUUCGUCUAUGCGUUAGGCGCGUGUUUUGCGGCCCUUUAGUGAGCGGAUGCUGUUAGUUGUCUGCAAAGUUGUGUUUUUCUUUUUUUGCUUUGCUCGUGAUGUCGUUUGACAUGGAUGAUUUUGCACAACAGCCCUCCAUUGAGAAGUUGGAGCGGUGCACAAAAGCGGAUUUGCUAUUAGUGGCUAAUUUAUUCAAUGUGGAUGUUCCGUUGAAUUCUAAGAAGGCGGAAAUUAAACAGUGUUUGGUGGACAAACUGGUGGACAGGGGAGUGUUUGGGAGAAUGAAAACUUCGCCGGGUGGGUCUGGGAGUUUGGAGACGGCGGUGGGGGCGGAAGCUGCUGGGGCCGUCCCGAAACCUUCCAAGGGGCGAAUGACGUCGGGGGCGGAGGCUCCUGUCGCCGUUCAGUCUCCUACAUUUGACCCGAUUAGCCAGGUUGCGGCGGGUUUGGUGACGGAGGAUCUUAAGCUUGCCCUUCGCUUGAAGGAGGUGGAGCUGGAGGCUAAGGCUAAGGAAGUUGAGCUCAUGCAUCUUCGCAUACGAGCUAUGGAGCUGGAUCCUUCUCGAGCGAGAGACGCUACUCCCGUCCCUGUGAGUACACUCCCCGACACUUCCACUGUUGACCAGUUUAACGCUAGCAAGCAAAUUGUUUUGGUACCUCCUUUUAGGGAGGGAGAGGUUGAUUCGUAUUUCACUGCUUUUGAGCGCAUCGCUACCACUUUAAAAUGGCCAAAGGAUGUCUGGAGUCUGUUGUUGCAAUGCAAAUUAGUAGGAAGAGCGCAGGAGGUUUGUGCGAGUCUUUCCAUUGCUGACAGUCUGGAUUAUGAGGUUGUCAAGGCCACUAUUUUGCGGGCUUAUGAAUUAGUCCCGGAGGCUUAUCGGCAAAAGUUUCGUGCCUGUAGCAAGUCCGACAGACAAACAUUUGUGGAGUUUGCACGUGAGAAAGCUGUCUUAUUUGAUAAGUGGCUGGCUGCCAGUAAAGUAAAGAACUUUACCGAGCUGAAGGAGUUGAUCCUGUUGGAGGAGUUUAAGACAUGUCUCCCUGAAAGUAUUGUGGUGUACCUUAAUGAACAGAAGGUGGAGUUACUGUCUAAAGCCGCUGUUCUUGCCGAUGAAUUUGUGUUAACCCAUCGCGCAUCACUCUCGACAGCACGCCGCGAGUGCGUUUCCCCGACUCAGCAUGCCAAAAGUUAUAGGGUUUCUCCUAAGCGACAGACGCGUUCUGCUGCUAUUCCUGUGUCAGACCGCAAAUGUUUCUAUUGUCAUGAAAUCGGUCACCUUGUCGCUGCUUGUCCAUCACUACAGCGCAAGGAGCAGGCUCACACGGUAAGGAAGCCGAAAAGUGUUGGUUUCGUUCGUUCUAUGUCUGCUUCCACUUCACCUGACAAUGAAGUGAGAAGUGACAGCCUUGAUGACAGCUACCGUCCUUUUGUGUCAGAAGGAUUUGUUUCUCUGAACGGAAAGGAGGAGGAUCGGGUGCCGAUCAUGAUUCUGCGUGACACCGGAGCCGCGCAGACACUUAUUUUGAGGGGUAUUUUGCCUUUUUCUGAUUUCUCUUUUUGUGGUUCGGAUGCUCUUGUCUGGGGAGUGAAAAUGGAUGUGUUGCGAGUACCGCUACACAAGGUGUUUCUCCAAUCGCCGCUCGUUUCGGGUCCGGUAACGGUUGGAGUGCGCGAUUAUCUGCCAGUGCCCGGUGUUGCGAUGAUUUUGGGGAAUGAUUUAGCAAAUGGGAAAGUGUUUUUCACCCCGAGAGUGGUUGAGGAUCCUGUGCCUGAUACUUUGAUAUCUGACCCUGCUGCGGAGUGCUCCCACUCUGUUUUUCCUGCCUGCGCAGUAACUCGCGCGCACAAGCGCAGGUAUGGCGACGUUGAUUUGUCGGAUUCUUUUCUCUGCGCUGGUGGUGAGCCGGAGCCUGAAUCUAAACCCCGUGACCCGCUAAUGGGCGACUCGGAGGCGAUGCUGUCUGCUAGCCCAUCCGUGACAUCUCAACUGCCUUCCGGAGUUAACAAAAAGGAUUUUGUUUUGGCACAACACAGUGACCCGACUCUGGUGGGUUGUUUUUCAGCUGCCCACUCUAGUGACCAGUACCCUCGUGUUUAUAGUGUUGAGGAUGAUGUGUUGAUGCGUACCUGGUAUCCGCCUGCAGCUGGUGAUCUGGGUUGGAAUGUGUCUAAGCAGGUUCUGGUGCCUCAACAGUGUGUCAACAGUUGCGACUGUGGGGGUGCCAGGUUUAGAAGCCCGGUAUGACCCCGUAAAUGAUGAUUUAGUUUUCGGUUGGGCGGAGGGCUGCGCACGUCUUAGAAACUCUGAAAUCCUAAGUGACCUCAGGUCCCAUCUAAAAGAUCUAGAUGAUGAUGUUCAAGAUGAUGUGUGUCAGUUGAUUGAGAAUCAUCUUGAUCUUUUCUCGGACACUCCAUCCUGUACUACCGUGCUGGAGCAUGACAUCGAUGUGGGGGGCCAUCCUCCAAUCAAGCAGCAUGCCUACCGGGUGAAUCCCACUAAACGUGCUCUUUUCCAGACAGAGGUCUCUUAUCUGUUGGAGAAUGGUCUUGCUGUUCCUAGCUCUAGCGCGUGGAGUUCCCCGUGUCUCCUAGUGCCUAAAGCGGACAAGACCCCACGGUUUUGUACAGAUUUUCGGAAGGUGAACAGCGUGACCAAGCCUGACUCAUAUCCUCUUCCCAGAAUGGAAGAUUGUGUUGAUAGGGUCGGUUCUGCGAAGUUUGUCACUAAGCUGGACUUGUUAAAGGGCUAUUGGCAAGUUCCUCUAACAUCACGUGCAGCCGAAAUCUCUGCUUUUGUCACUCCUGACCAUUUUCUGCAGUACACUGUCAUGCCUUUCGGGUUGCGCAACGCCCCUGCCACAUUCCAACGACUCAUGAACAUUGUGCUGGGAAGCGUUCGCAAGUGUGAAGUGUACCUAGAUGAUAUUGUCGUCUACUCAGACACCUGGUCAGAGCAUAUAGAAACACUCACUGACGUGUUCCAUCGCUUGGGAAGGGCAUCCCUUACCCUCAAUCUCGCCAAGUGUGAUUUCGGUAAAGCCAUGGUGACAUAUCUGGGGAAGCAGGUGGGUCAGGGCCAAGUGCGCCCUCUUCUGGCCAAAAUCCAAGCCAUACUGGACUUCCCUGCCCCUCGUACUAGGCGUGAGCUCCGCCGUUUUCUCGGCAUGGUGGGCUACUACCGGGGUUUCUGUCGAAAUUUCGCGGAGGUGGUCGCCCCCCUCACUAGCCUCACUAGUGUAUUGAAACCUUUUGUGUGGUCUUCUGUGUGUCAGAGUGCGUUCCUGGCUGUUAAAGCGCUCCUGUGCAGUGCGCCAGUGCUGGCUGCCCCUGAUUUUGCGCGCCCUUUUACAUUGGAGGUGGAUGCCAGUGCAAACGGAGCAGGUGCUGUACUGCUACAGGAAGACCAACAUGGUGUGGAUCACCCAAUCGGC